CUGUCAUCCAUGAAGAGCCGGUCCUUUUUGUUGCCCUUUGUCUUCUCUCUCUCCUUCAUGCGUUCAGAGGCAGCUCUCGCACUUGCUCUCGCCUGAAGCAGCCACACAAGAUGGGAGCCAGGUGGGUCUGCUGCUCGGACGGAGAAACAAGAAUGAGGGAGGCGUCACGUCACACAUAUAUAUGAACAUUCCUUUCAUUCGUUCGUCGAUUCGUGCAGGUCCCGCCCUCUAUCACAUUGUGAAAAAUGGAGAGCACUGCCUCUUCGGCCGAUUCAACUCGUGUUUCUGGUGCUAGCAACAAUGCAAUGCCGUCUAUCGGCUGCGAUGCUCAACAUAGAUGAUGCCAAGAAGGCUCUGGCUGGUAGGUCAAGAGUAUGUUUGCACCCACUCGCUCGCCAUCCCGCAUGCUGUCUGUGUUUGUGCAUUUGCCUGUCUGAUUUGUUGGCCUGCAGGUGGUCUGGCGGGCUCUUUCGCAACCGCCGUGCUGCACCCUGUUGAUACGGUGAAGGUGUACAUACAAAUCGAGAGGCGGCGCGAGCACACGGGCCAUCACCACCGCCCAUCACUCGGCGACACCCUACGGACAAUGCGGGCCAUCAGGAAGGAGAAGGGCAUCGGCGCCCUUUACUCGGGUUUCUUGCCGUCUGUCCUCGGGGCCUUGCCGUCAUCUGCUCUCUACUUCGGCGCGUAUGAGUUGGUCAAGUCACGGGCGACGUCUGUUCUCGAGGCACGGCGGCGCCGUUUGUCUGGCGAGGGAGGGUGUCAGAAUGGUCCUCUUCCGGUUCAGCAACGUGCAUUUGUGAACGCCCUGGCGGCCGCCAGUGGGAAUGCCGUGUCUGCUAUGGUCUUUGUUCCCAAGGAAUUUGUGAAGCAGCAGCUUCAAGCGUCCAAGAGCGGGGCUAUCGGGGCGGGCCAGAUCUUGUCGUCGGUGGACAUUUUGUGGGCGGCUGUGAAGGAGAGCGGCAUCAAAGGCGUGUAUCGAGGCUAUCGGGCGACGCUGGUGAGGAACGUCCCCUCCUCCGUCCUUCGUUUCUCAGUCUUCGAGGAGCUCAAGCGCUUGAUUGUUUCAACCUGCGUGACCCCCUCAUCUCAGCUCCCAUCCUUCUCUCUACGCUCCGCCGCCUACCUCCCCGUCUAUCUCUUUCUUGCUGGUGCGGUGGCGGGUGCGGUGUCGUCCGGCCUCACCACACCAAUGGACAACGUGAAGACAAACAUCGCCACGCGGCAGCUGUCUCAAGACAUGAGCAUUGGCCAGAACCUCCGCACGCUCUGGAAGGAGCAAGGCAUGUCGAGUCUCCUGGCGGGUAUGAAGACGCGAGUGCUCUACUCGGGGCUCUUUUCAGCAGUCGGGCUGGGAUCAUUUGAGGCCUUCAAGUCUGCCUUGCGAGUGAGUGACAGCCGGCCGCUGUCCUUGCCACGCCUGCGGGUGUGGCUGGCAGGUUUUGCUGAGCCCUUGAGUGUGCUGGACAGAAGGAAAGCUCAUACUACUAUGCGGGGCAACUGAGGAUGUAUCAUCUGUGUGUGAAGUCGAUAUGGAGUGACAUAUACUAGACGCAGAUGAACCAGGUCGCGUGCUCUUGUUUGUUGUUGCGCGCUGGGUAAAUUGUACAGUAAUUCUAUUCGCAGAGAGUGCGAUGGACACUCGCUCUUUCAAAAGAGACAUACCUCUCACCUUUGGCCUAGCCUUUGGCCAAUUGGGCAUCACAAGGGGCAUCACUAGUGAGGAAG